UGUUUAUGUAAUUAACCGAAGCAGGACCUCUCUUCUUCUUCUUCGUCUUCUCUGCUGUGGGUAUCCAAAUCGAAAUCGAAAUGGCGAUCUCAACGAGAGUGGGAAGGAGGCAAUCCUUACAUCAACAACAGCGGAGGUUUCCGAUCAGGUUUUCUUCAAAGAGACUCUUCCGGACGAUUCUCAUCAGCCUCGCCUUCAUCGCUCUCGUCCCUCCCCUUUUCUUCAUCUUCAAGCUCAAGACCUUUCGUCUCACUCAGUUGCGAAAGUGUGGUUGGCUAAAUAGUCCUCCUCUUGUAUGUGCGCAUGGCGGUGACUCAAGUUCCGCCUUUCCAAACACGAUGGCUGCAUAUCACUCUGCUCUUAAUUCUCAAGUAGACUGCAUUGAGAUUGAUGUUUCUCGUUCUUCAGAUGGAGUUCUGCUUGCGCUUCAUGACAGGGAUUUGCAGCGGAUAUCUGGAAACAAUACUUCGAAGGUUGGACACUUCAGCAUGAAAGAGAUAAAACAUCUUGGUUCGGUGCAUCAAUCUGCAAAGUUCCACGAUGCAAAUAUUCCUACAAUUGAAGAGGCUCUUAAGUUGGUAUCAAGUUCAGUUAGGCAGGUGGUUUUAGAUGUAAAAGUCGGGCCUCCAUCGUAUGAAAAAGGUCUUGCAAGGGAUGUUCUUGCUGUUAUUGAGAGGAUCCAGUGUAGGAAUUGCGUUGUAUGGGCCAAAAGCGACAAUUUAGCAAGGGAUGUGAUCAGACUAUCCUCAGAUGUCAUGGUGGGGUAUAUUGUUAUGAUUGAUCAGUCAACCGGGGCUAGGACCAACUUACUGAGAAUGAGAGAUGCGCGUGUUGUUGGCGUUUACCAUCCCUUGAUUGAUGAAAAGCUUGUGAGAAUUCUGCAUGGGAGAAAUAAGAAGGUAUAUGCGUGGACUGUUGACGAUGCGGAGUCCAUGGAAAAUAUGUUGUUUGAGCAGGUCGAUGCGAUUGUCACAAGCAAACCGAGGAUGCUUCAAGCUCUAAUGCAAGAUACCAGAAGACAGUGUCUUGAGCAUGGUUUCUCAUUAUCAGAAUAACAUCCAUUUGAUUGACGAUAGACUUGAGAUUUUUUGAAACUGUGAAAGUUACCAGUGUACAGAAAAACAAGGUGUUUCUCAACUACUUACUACUUGAAA